AUGUCGAAUGGUUGGACGGAUAGAAAAGGUAGAACAUUGAAUAAUUUCUUGGUCAAUUGCCCGACGGGGAGCAUGUUUGUGAAAAGUGUUGAUGCUUCUAACUAUGCCAAGACGGGGGAAAAGCUAGCCGAGUUGUUGGACACUUUUAUUGAAGAAAUGGGUGAAAAAAAUAUUGUUCAAUUAAUUACCAACAAUGGAAGUAAUUAUGUAGCGGCGGAUAAAGAAUUGUGUUUGAAGAGGCCUCACGUGUUUUGGACUCCAUGUGUUGCCCAUUGUAUAGACCUUAUGUUAGAAGACAUAGGCAAAAUUCCAAAAGUUCAAAAGGUUAUACAAAAAGGGGUUAAGGUUAUGGGCUACAUUUAUGUAUAUGGAAUGAUUUUUUACAAUUACUUGCAGCUGAGUGGCGGAAGUCUUAUGGAGCCGAAACUCCGAAGUUGCAAUUGUUGA